UAGAGCAUUCAAUGAUAAAAUAUUAGAAGUUUAUCAAAUGCUGGAUUUAAACUCAGUUGAAGAUAUAAAACCCAUUGCCAAAAUAAUCUUGAUUAAAAAGGCUACAAGUUUAGCUUUUAAUGAAAUUAUGAGGGAGGAUGGCAAUAUUAGUAUGCUAUGUGUAUUAGUAGCUGAUAAAGCAGGUAUGGUUUACAAAUUUGAAUUACCCGAAGGUAAGGAUUUCAGAUGUAUAAAUAAUUCACAAAUUUCACCUGGUCAAAAUAUUAAUGGAGACAUCAAAUUUGAAGAUAGUAACAAGGUUAAUAAACCUAUUUUGGGGCAUGUUUCUAUGUUGCUUGACAUGGUAUUUUCUUCCGACAGAAAAUAUGUGAUAACCUGCGAUCGUGAUGAAAAAAUUAGGGUCAGUCUUUUUCCAAACUCCUACAUUAUCCAGAGUUUUUGCUUGGCUCAUACGAAGUUCGUUUCGUCUAUAAUCACGUGCGAAUCAUUGCCUGAUAUCCUCUUUUCCAGUUCCGGGGAUGGUACUAUCAAAAUCUGGCAAUUCAUGUCUGGCACAUUACUUUAUAGUCGUUCAUUAAACUCGGAUCUUGAGAAAGAACGAUUCUUAAAUGCUAAUGAGACCAAUUCCUGUAUCGUGUUAAAAUUAGACAUUAAAGUAGUUCAUCAUGCCAAAGAAUCUAUUAUUAAAAAUUCCACAAUCCUAUUAGCCGCCCUCGUUCAUAUAUCAAAUGGAGUACCUUCAAAAUGCAUGAAAAACACCGGGGAAAAAAUAAUUAUAUACACCGUUGAAAUAUCUUCCGAUGAUUACGACCUAAAGCCUCUUCAAAUCAUACAACCACCUUUCGAAAUUAAUAAUUGUAAACACAAUCACAUUGUUGAUUUCAGAUUUGGCCUUGACAUUUCCCCAUCCGAUAAUAACAUUAAAUUGUACACACUGUGCUCUAACGAAAACAUGUUUGAAGAAGUACUUGAUGAUGUUAACCAUGAUCCAUUAGAUAAAGAUAGUGGUGAUAUUUUAUCGAAAUCCUUAUUUACUUUCAGUCAUAAUCCGAUUGAUGAUAACUUUACAUUAGAUAAUCCACUUAAUCAGGAGAAUGUAUCGAGGAAAAAUUUAGAAUACCGAUUGAUGGAAAAACUUCUUUUUUCGAGAGGGAAAGAUUUUUAUGAAGACCUUUGCAAAGAAGAUAAAUAUGGCAAUCCUACAGAUGAAUAUUCCCAUAGGAAAAAAAUUAGAAAAAAUAUUUUAAAAUCCGUUGGCUAA